AUGCAUUUUCCUAUCAUUCCCAUUCUUAUCACCUUGGCUGGAACCGCUCUCGCAGCGCCUCAUUUGCACAAGAGACAAAACCCCUGCUUCAUUACUGGCUCAGAAGCUCUCCCUGAAGAGGUCUCUUCCCAGGCCACGAGUUUGGCCUCCGCCGUCACCUGUGACAACUCCCAAACAACCAUCGAUGGCGUCCCUGACGUUAGCUCUGGUGGCGUGACCUUCUCCUCCAUCAACUUUGCCACGUCGGGCCAGUCACCUCUGGCCUUCGCCCUCGACAAGUUUGCAACCACGACGCCCUUGGCGAACAACAACGUCGAGUUGCUUCAGAACGAGCUGAACGUUUACCUCGCAACUGAGGCGGGUAUCCGAUCUACCGGCGGAAACCUUGCCAUCAAGGUCCCCAAGUUCUUCUUGCAGUUCCAGAUUGCACGCGUUCAACAGGCACAGGGUGCCGUGUCCGAUGUCCCUGGCCAGACUGUGGAGCACCAGCUAGGAAAAGUGCUGAAGAAUGCAGCUGGGGAGGAUCAGGCUCUUCUCGACCAAGUAAACCAGUUGGCUACCAACUUGAACUGA